AUGCCAAAAAAAGAAGAAAUCAAGAACUGGUGGGACAAAGUUGAUGCAGACUGUUCCCGUCCCCAACAUCGCAAGAAACAUAACGCUAGCAAGGUUUCGGCAGCUGAGCUCAUCCCUGAAACCUCACCUCGCGCUAUGCUUAAAAUCCAUGAUGGAUUUCUUCAACUAACGAAAUCGACGAGCACAACGUUGGAUGGAUCACAGGCUUUCGAUGUGGUUGAUUAA